GUAUAAAGUGGGUGGAGUUUAUUUGUAAAAUGUACAAGGGGCCAUGUAUAUAUAGAUCGACAUAAUAAGUUUGUGACCUCAGAGGGCUUUGAAGUAAUCAACAACAUCAGUUUUUAGUUAUAUAAAACAGUUUAAACCAAGAGAAUGAACACCCUGUCUGUCAUUGGUCUCAGUAUUUGCGUUGUGUAUAUCAGUAUUAUCAUGCAAGGAACUGAAGCAGAUAAAUGUAGUGACUGUACCACAGAAUCGUUAAAGGCAAUAACAGAUGCAGGGAGAGACAAAGGCAAACUAUGCAGUGCAGUAAACACCAAUAUAGAGUGUAUGGAAAAAAACUGCGAUGUGGCUUCAGUUAAGACUGCUCUUGAUACAGCAAGAAAAUCUCUUACCCAGCAGGGUUGUGGUGCUGAAAGUAUUGUUGUCAACCUUCUUGUCAUUGGUUUAGGACUUACAUUUUAUAUGCUUGUUUAGAUGCAGCAUUUUUUAUACAUCAUAAGACACAUGUUACUAUUUCAAAACCUGUUUAGGAUUGAGUUCUUCGCCUGAAUCUAAUUCUAUUUGUCACAUUUGCACUGCUUAGAUGGAUCGACUAAAAUAUGAAAAAAUGUACAAAAUCUUAUUUGGAAACAUGCAUAUUUUUCUUUUUUUUAAUUUAUUUAAUAAACUUAUUUUACAGUU